AAGGUAGGCAACAAAAUCCAAGCUAAUUUUAUUCAACGAUUCUUCUCAUCGUCUCUCCGUUUUCCCCCUUUUCUUCUUCACUUCUGCUUCGUUUUCUCCGUCAACACCGCUCUUCCCUCUCGAUUCCAUUUCCUAUUUCUGAUAUACACUUGUGUUCUUCUUCCUCAAUCUUUCUUACCCUUUUGAUUUUCACCGAUUUUCUAGAGGACCCAGUUGUUUUUUUUUUCCUCUCAUAAUUUGUUCUGAUUUGAUCUUUAUUGGUUUAGAGAGGUGUAGGUGGGAAGAGGAAGAAGAGAUGGGGAGGUUGUUUGUGGUGAAUCUCGAAGGGAAGAUCUAUAGUUGCAGGCACUGCAGGACCCAUCUUGCUCUAUGUGAGGAUAUCGUCUCCAAGUCUUUCCACUGCAGGCAUGGGAAAGCUUAUCUCUUCAAUAAGGUUGUGAAUGUCUCGGUUGGAGAGAAAGAAGAAAGAAUGAUGAUGACUGGACUGCACACUGUGGCUGAUAUUUUCUGUGUCGGGUGUGGAUCAAUCGUGGGGUGGAAAUAUGAAACUGCCCAUGAGAAGAGCCAGAAGUACAAGGAAGGAAAAUCGGUGCUUGAACGGUUUAAGGUCUCAGGUCCUGAUGGAAGCAAUUACUGGGUUACUCAUGAAGCUCAUGUUGGUGGAAGUGAUGCAGAUGAUGCAUGAUGACUACAUUUACUUCAACCCUAAAUUGUACAUUCUUUGAUCUCCAACCCUUCACCCAGAAUCCUGCAUCUUCUUCUUUGUUAAUUCUGAAAACUGAUAGAUUCCUCCAUUUAAGCAGCUUGCUUAGUUUGCUGUGAAUAACAUCAUUCGUAACAUUCUAUUGUCAAUGAUGAUUUGCUUCGUGUUUAAACUA